ACCGUUACAGUUCUCCAUUUGUUUAAUCUCGGAUCCUGAAGUUAAAAAAAAAAAAAACUUCAUUCUUCUUCUGGUUAUCUUUUUCUUCAAACAUAUCAAGACCGUACCGCUUUCUCAAGCUCCUCCGGUCUCUCUCUCUCAUGGCGUCUUCUUUCAUCUUUCUCCCUCUCCUCCUCUUCCUUCCACUCUCGUAUUCGCAGUCGUUCAUCGGAGUGAACUACGGCCAAGUCGCUGACAAUCUCCCUCCGCCGUCGGAGACGGCGAAGCUCCUCCAGUCGACGUCGAUCCAGAAGGUUAGACUCUACGGCGCCGAUCCCGCCGUCAUCAAGGCACUCGCCGGAACGGGAAUCGGGAUCGUCAUCGGCGCCGGCAACGGAGAUAUCCCUUCCCUUGCCGGAGAUCCAAACGCCGCGACUCAGUGGAUCAACUCCAACGUCUUGCCUUUUUACCCUUCCUCCAAAAUCAUCCUCAUCACCGUCGGCAAUGAGGUACUGAUGUCGAACGAUCAGAAUCUGAUAAGUCAGCUUCUCCCGGCGAUGCAAAAUCUCCAGAAGGCGAUCGAGGGGGCGUCGCUUGGCGGGAAAAUCAAGGUGUCGACGGUGCACUCGAUGACGGUUCUGGGUAGCUCCGAGCCGCCAUCGGCCGGUUCGUUCGCGGCCGGCUAUCAGAGCUCGUUGAAGGGGAUUCUGCAAUUCCUGAGCCAAACCGGUUCUCCCUUCACCAUCAACCCUUACCCUUUCUUCGCCUACCAGAGCGAUCCACGUCCCGAGACGCUGGCGUUUUGCCUCUUCCAACCCAACUCGGGCCGAGUCGACUCGAACACCGGCAUCAAGUACAUGAACAUGUUCGAUGCCCAGGUUGACGCCGUGCAUUCGGCAUUGAAAUCGAUGGGAUUCGAGGGCGUAGAGAUCGUAGUGGCGGAAACGGGUUGGCCGUCUCGCGGGGACAGUAACGAGGUCGGUCCCAGCCUCGAGAACGCCAAGGCUUACAACGGCAACCUCAUCGCUCACCUUCGGUCCAUGGCGGGUACGCCUCUCAUGCCCGGGAAACCCGUCGACACCUACAUUUUUGCUCUCUAUGACGAGAACCAGAAACCGGGUCCGCCCUCCGAACGAGCUUUCGGGCUUUUCAACACCGAUCUUUCUAUGGUUUACGAUGUCGGCCUAGCCAAGAGUAGCAGUGCGAGCAACACCAGCCAGGCUCCGCCGUCGGGAAAAACAACGUCGGUGGGAUGGUGCGUGCCCAAGAAAGACGUAACGGACGAGCAGCUGCAGGCGAGCCUGGACUGGUCGUGCGGUCACGGCAUAGACUGCGGCCCGAUACAGCCAGGUGGCGCUUGUUACGAACCGAACAGUGUGGCCUCGCACGCGGCCUAUGCCAUGAACCUCUACUUCCAGAUGUCCGGUAAAAACCCAUGGGACUGCGAUUUCUCCCAGACCGCCGCUCUCACCUCUCAGAACCCUAGUUACGAUAAUUGUGUAUACCCCGGAGGAGGAGCGAGUGUGGGGGCCACAUCUACAACGGCUAUGAAUAAAUACGUGCACUCAGACGAAGUGGUGAAUGGAUCAGCUGAUUGUCUGUCUUUUCCUCUCUUAAUCGUCUUUAUGUCCCUAAUUAUGGAUUAUUUUGCCCUUAUGUGAUUAUGUUUUGGAAACUAAUUAGUUAUAGCUGGUAAUUAGCUGUCUUGUUUUGUAUUCA